GGAGGGAGAGAGCUCGGGGACGUCGUUGUUGCAUUUUAGUAAGGUGACUAGCCCGUUUUGUUUGGAAUAUCGAUUUCCAAAAACCGCGAAAGGAGGGCUACUGGAGACACAGAGAAGUUUGUUCGUUUCGAAAGUUUUGCAACAGAAGGGCGCCCACCCCUCUAAAGACAGGAUCCCAGCUCGGCGCAAGGGUGUCAUGGCCGCUGCCCCACGGAGAUGCAGAGAUCACCCCUUGUAGCGCACGCGACCCACGGUACACGCACGGAGGUGCAGAGAGGAGGAGGUGCAGGAGGAGCAGGAGGAGUAAUGACCACGUCGCACAUGAACGGCCACGCCUCGGAGCCGGACGGGGACGGGGCCGGGGGCGGGGGCUCGGUUGAGGCCCCUGAGGAGCCCCAGUGGCACCGGGAGAUGCCGGUGGACUGCCCCGGGGACCUGGGGGCCCGCACUCUCCCGGUGCGCCGCAGCGCCCAGCUGGAGCGGAUCCGGCAGCACCAGGAGGACCUGCGCCGGAGGAGGGAGGAGGAGGGCCGCAACCGGCAGGAGCUGGACCUCAACGCCUCCAUGCGCCUCAAGAAGCUGGCGCAGAACCCCAAGGUGGGCAUCGACAACCCCACCUUCGACCCCAUCGAGGGGCCCGGCGGCCUCGCGGGGCAGACCCUGGGCCUGGGAGGGCAGCCCACGCUUCUGGAGCUGGAGGACCUGUUGAUGUCCCUGAAGCAGGUUCAGCACUGCCUGAGUGACGCUCAGAGCCAGGAGGACGUGGCCCUCGUGCUGCAGCUGGUCCAGAAGACUGACUUCCAGAACGCCUUCAACAUCCACAAUGCCGUGGCGCUGUACAUGAACCGAACCAGCCCUCCUUUCCCCCUCACCUCCCACGCACAGGGCCUGGCACAGGAGGUGCAGGCCAUGCUUCAAUCCAGCCAGCAGAAGGAGGGUUUGGAGCUGAACGCCCUGCUGACCUCGCCACACCUGCAGGCGCUGAUGCAGGCCCACGACAGCGUGGCGGAGCAGGAGAUGCGGCCCGAGCCCCUGGGCCCCGCGGACGGGCCCUGCGAGACCCUGACGCAGUACGGCGGGGAGACCGUCAAGAUCGUGCGGCUGGAGAAGGCCCGGGACAUCCCCCUGGGGGCCACGGUGCGGAACGACAUGGACAGCGUGAUCGUCAGCCGCAUCGUGAAGGGCGGAGCAGCGGAGAGGAGCGGCCUGCUGCACGAGGGCGACGAGAUCCUGGAGAUCAACGGCGUGGAGAUCCGCGGCAAGGACGUCAACGAGGUCUUCGACAUCCUGGCGGACAUGCACGGUACUCUGACCUUCGUCCUCAUCCCCAGCCCACAGACCAGACCGCCCCCUCUUAAAGAGACUGUGGUGCAUGUGAAGGCGCACUUUGACUACGACCCCUCGGAUGAUCCCUAUGUGCCCUGCCGUGAGCUGGGGCUCUGCUUCCAGAAGGGAGACAUCCUGCACAUCAUCAGCCAGGAUGACCCCAACUGGUGGCAGGCCUACAGGGACGGGGACGAGGAGAACCAGCCUCUCGCCGGCCUGGUGCCAGGGAAGAGCUUCCAGCAGCAGAGGGAGGCUAUGAAGCAGACGAUAGAGGAAGAUAAGGAGCCUGAGAAGUCAGGCAAGCUCUGGUGUGCAAAGAAGAACAAGAAGAAGAGGAAGAAGAUCCUGUACAAUGCCCAUAAGAAUGACGAUUACGACAACGAAGAGAUCCUGACCUACGAGGAGAUGGCGCUCUACCACCAGCCGGCCAAUCGCAAGCGGCCCAUCGCCCUGAUCGGCCCUCCCAACUGCGGACAGAACGAGCUGAGGCAGAGGCUCAUGUCCAACGAGCCGGAGAGAUUCGGGGGCGCCGUUCCUCACACCACCCGAAACCGGCGCGAGGUGGAGGCGAACGGGCGCGAGUACCACUUUGUGUCACGGCAGGCCUUCGAGGCGGACGCCGCCGCCGGCAAGUUCAUCGAGUCGGGCGAGUUCGAGAAGAACCUAUACGGCACCAGCACCGACUCGGUCCGGCAGGUCAUCAACACGGGCAAGAUCUGCCUGCUGUGCCUGCACACCCAGUCCCUGAAGGUGCUGCGCAGCUCGGACCUCAAACCGUACAUAAUCUUCAUCGCCCCUCCUUCUCAGGAGCGAUUGCGUGCCCUCCUGGCCAAGGAGAACAAGAAUCCAAAGCCGGAAGAGCUAAGGGACAUCAUUGAGAAGGCCCGCGAGAUGGAGCAGAACUAUGGCCACCUGUUCGACGCCGCCAUCGUCAACACGGACCAGGACAAGGCCUACCAGGAUCUGCUCCGCCUCAUCAACAAGCUGGACACGGAGCCCCAGUGGGUCCCCUCCUCCUGGCUGCGCUGAGGACGAUUGGCCCCCACACCCCCCCAGCUCCCUCCUCCCGGUACCCCCCUCCCCUCCCUUCCUCACUCGCUCUGAACUGCUGAAUCACACAGAGAGAAGGGCCUUCCAACUCCUUUCGGUGAGCCAGCCAGGAGAUCCUUUAUUCGGCUGCCUUUUUUGAAGAGGACAGAAUCGCCAUGCAUGCUGGAUUGAACAGGACUGAGUAC